CUGAUUGGCGUUUCCCCCCCCCCUCCGUUCCCUGCACGAGGCUCUCUGUUGCAUCGCCUGCGGUGCAACAUUGGGCUUCCCCGUUCGCUCUCAAAGAGCAGCUCGGCACCGUCGGCUGAGGGUGGCGAGCGGGCGACGCGCAGGGAGCGGUGGGGAAUUGUCCAAGAGGAGUCCACUUCUGAGAGAUUACGGAAGGAGGGGAGGAGGGGGGGGGUGUCCCUUGGCUCUCUCCCCCAGGGUGGUGGAUGCUGCUGGCCCGGUGGGGCCUUCUCUCUCUCUCUCUCGACCGCUCUCUUCUGUCCUGCCCGUGCGAGGCACUGCUGGAAAUGGUGCAUCCUGUGGAAGCGCUCUCGUAGUCGGUCUCUCCCUCUCUCUCUGUGUCCUUGCGAACAAGAAGGGGACGGCGUUACAGCGAGCGACAACAACGGCCGGACCGUGUUACUUCCCAGUGCAAGAAUGCCUGUUCGUCUGUACAGAAUUCUCGCCCAACCAUCCGCUGGGAUUGAAGUAUAAAGCUGGACUUCUCAGCCGCUGUGGACACAGUUGAAUUCGAAGAAGAGCAAGGCAGAUGUUAGACCACCAGAGGAUUCUUCACGGAAGAACUCUCUGGGAUCUCUGCAAACAUCACCCUCCCUGCCGGACACACCUCCUACCCCAACCGAGGCUUCCCCUAGAUCUUCCAGCAGGACAAAUGAGGCAGGCCACCCACCAGCCGUCUCUUCCUCCUCGUCCUCCUCCUCCUCCCCUAAAAUGGCCCGGUCGGCCAGUCAGGCACGAGCAACCAGGGUCACCCGUGGGUCAAACUCCGAGGAUUCUACCAUGGAGGACUUCUGGAGGGAGGUGGAACACAUUGAGGGGUGUCAGAACCAGGAGGCCAUUGUCAUAGUGAGGACACCAGAAGAGGGCGAGCUGGAAGCCGAGUGGCUCCACGCCGCGGGUCUCGCCGUCCUGGUCUCCGAAGUGUCGGGCAGCCCGGCCCCGAGCUGCCGAACGAGCGGCCAGUCCACGCCGUCGCCGCCCUCGCCAGCGCCGUGCGCGAGCGAGGACGGCGACGCGGACGGGCGCACGCUCUUCUCCACGCUCACACGGGCACAGGCGGCGGCCGUGGCGCGCCGCCUCGACACGUACACGCAGACCGUGCGGCGGCGACGGCACCGGCCCUCGGCACGCGACGUGCGAGACGUCUUCCCGGCGAGCGCUUGUGCCGAGCAGGGCCUUGACAAUGGAACUUCUCGGCCACCCGAGGGCAAUCAGUCAACAGAGCAACCAUCGGCAAACAGUACUCCUCCAGCAGACAGCAAGACCACAGAGAAAAAAAAUGGUGCCCUCUCCUCGGAGCCAUGCACUCUGUCGGCUCAGGAAGCAGCCGAGGUCGCUGACCUUCAAUCAGAUGUGCCGUAUUCUGACCAGGCCGCCAGCUGCUGUCAGUCAUCAACCAUCGCAGAAGAGGAAAACGCCAUAUCCGCAGGAGUGCCGUGCUCUCAGCAUCCGUGCCUCGGAACGACGCGGCUGGAUGACCUCUCGGCUCAGGAUAUGAAAAAGAUUCGCUUCCUGGCUCUCAUCGAGCUCACGGCCCUCCUCGAUGCGCUCACCAUUGACCUCAAGCGAUCCAAGGCCAUCAGGACAAAGGUUAAAGAAAACGGUCUCUUUGGAGUUUCCCUUCCCGUGGUUCUGGAGCAGGACCAGAGGAAGUUCCCCGGCACCAGAGUACCCAUCUUUCUCCACAAGCUUUUGUGCCACUUGGAAGAGACAAGUCUGAAUGCUGAAGGAAUACUCAGGGUCCCUGGUUCAGCUGCUCGCAUUAAGGAGCUGCGGCGCGAGCUCGAGGAGUGGAGCCCGGAGAGCGGGCGACUCGACUGGGGGUCGCUGCGGCCUCACGACGCGGCUGCCCUGCUCAAGCUGUACGUGCGAGAGUUGCCCUCGCCGCUCCUCACCGAGCAGCACCAGCCGGCCUUCGCCUGCGUGCAGAGCAUUACGCUGCUCAAACAUCAACUCCAAGCUCUGAACCUGUUGGUGUUGCUACUGCCAGACGCAAACCGCGAUACGCUCAAGGCCCUCCUGGAGUUCCUGAGGCGAGUGUGCGAGAACGAGCGUGAAAACCGAAUGAGCCUGCGCAACGUCGCCAUGGUGAUGGCACCAAAUCUGUUCCUGCCGCGGGGGCAUCAGAGAGGGGGGCAGACCUCGGACCAGCGGCACGUGAUGCAGGCCGGCGCCGGCAUCGUGGGCGUCACGAGGCUCCUCAUCAAGCACCAGGACCUGCUGUGGACCGUGCCUGCGUUCCUGUUGCGGCAAAUUCGCGAUGUGUACGAAGCCCAGAAACGGAAGCCGGUGCGGGAGAAGAGCAUGAGGAAGCUGCUGAAGAAGGGGAGCAGUGAAAAGGAGAGGCAGCCACAAGACCGUCAACCUCGAGAGACAAUCCACUCGGAGGUGCCCGAGGGCAUCAUCCGCGUUCAGGCACCGCGGUUGCUCAAGGUCUCCAUGGCGAUACAACUGACCGAGCAGAUUACGGCGGGUGACAUAGUGGAACGCUUCCAAAGCAACCUGUCACAUGCCAGUAAUGGAGCCCCGCAAGAGUCGGACAUAGAAGAGCAUCGUCUGUACGAAGUUGGUGGAAACAUAGGGGAGCGCCGUUUGGACAACCAGACCUGCAUGCUGGCGCUGUAUCGUGUGAACCCGCAUGCCGAGUGGGUCAUCAAGCCGCGGGGGCUGCCCGCGCCAAAUGCCGUCUGUUGACCUGGCGGCCGCUCGUUUACCUCGGACUGCUCAUGGGGGGCCUCGCGCCUCAGGCAAAAGCUCAGGAGGCACGGAGGGCCACGGAGGGCGCAGGCGCUGCUACGCACAACCGCCGUGCUGAAGCAAACAUUGGCCCGCGAUAUAUAUAUGAAAAAAAAUACAGACACUCGUGAAUAUGUUCCUGGUUUUUUUUGCUAAGUGCUGCGGUAAAGUUGUACGUCUUUCAAAAGCAUUGACAAAGAUCAACGGUGGUUUAUGCAUUUUUAAAAUGUUUUUUUUUAAGCACUGCAAGGGAAGAACACUACAAGUUACUACGACAAUCACUAUUAUUUAAAUGUAGUUUAACUCAUCAUUUGUUGAUUUAAUUUGCUCUGUGACAAAGCAUUUGAACCUUUAUAGCUCCGCGCACAGCACUGACAGGUUACAUGUUUUAAGGAGUUACACUUCACCUCAUCAUGUGUUGGAACAAGCGGAAUGUUUUGGAAGUAAGUGACUUCAUAUAAAAAUGAGGAUAGUGCACUUCAAGGCUUGCAGGUACUGGGACUCGGAGGAAAUAUGUUUUGAACGAAUGGGGAGUGCCAACCCCUACACAUGGCCGGAAGAGAAAUGCUCCAAAGGAUGCAACCGAAAACAAAUCAUGAGCAGUGAUACCACUUCUGUACAUACAAUAAGACGGAUAUCCAAGCUAUCAAGGAUACACGAAGACAAUGGACAUUUCCUGUUUUGAAUUGUACUCGCGUGGAAGUACAAUGAGCGUAUUAUGAAGUGCAUGUCUUGCCAAAGGAUUUCUUUUAUAUGCAUCUAAGUAUUGUACCAAACCAGUAUGAUUAUUUUUAAGAAUUUGCUGUGGAAGUAACUGAAAAAAAAAAGGAAAUCUGUUGAAGAUAACCACUGCCAGUUAAAGCUGUUUGGGUCGACACUCAACAGUACCAAUGCAAUCGUGAUCCGUUAAUCAUUGUGGGAGGUGGUGUGGGUGGUCAUGCGAACACUACUUUUUCUUGAAAUACGAAGGGAAUUAAGCACUCAACGUGUGAAGGUAAAAAAACAUCGCAUCCAUACGCCGAUCAUAAGUGCUCCUCUGCAGUUGGGCACAGCUGUGUGUGGAAAAACUUCACUUAUCAGUCCACUGCUGGAUGAAGGCCCCCCCCCCCCACCAACACGGUAUUGGUAGUCGGGGGUUUUGAAGGUCGAGAGAGGGGGUGGGAGGUACCGGCUCAGAUAUCGUUCAGCACUGAUGGUGGCCAGGGCCGGGAAUUGAACUCUGCUUUCUGUGUUCUCAGCGCAGUGUGCCAAGCACUGCACCGCCUCCACCCCACCCCCGCGCAUAGUAACGACUGACUUGGUCUUAUGUGUGCCAAGGGCAUUGCAUUAAGACCCAUGCUAAUGUUCUCGGAAAAAUACCACCAAGAGCUGGCUUCAAUUUGAAGAGUGCACUACCAUUACAGGAGGUCUGGUUCUACAGGAACAGGCAAGUGGAGUUAACAUUGUGAUGGCAUAUGCCGCAACACAACCACUAACUGACAAUGUGUUGUUGGCUUUUGUCGGUUUUGAAAAAGAAAAAGCGUAAUAGUUGUGUAACAGUAGUUUAUAUGAUACGCGGCUCAGUGCAGUAAAUUAAGCUAUUUUAAACACGUAACCAUGUUAGAUUGUAGGUGUGUAGUCAUCUUUUAUUUGGGGAAGAUUUUGUAAAAAGAAAAACAAAAAAAUUUAAGUGUAAUGUGAAACAGUGAAGGCAUGUACGCCAUAUGUAACGGGUCUGCGCGUAACAAAAUCAUUCGUGCGUUUAAUUCGUGACAAGAUGGUGUUUAUUGACUAAAUAUGAAACUUGGUAACUAAAAGUAAAAAAACAAACCCCAUAACGCACACACACAGGAGAUAUGACGUGUAACAGUUCCAUUUGUUUGUAAAACACUGUUUAACAAUGAACCUAAAAAUGAAGUUUUCACAGAAUAUUGCGUUCAAGUCCUGAUUAUUUUGCACGUUAAAAGCACUGAUAAACUAGUUAAGAAAUAGCACCUUUCUCAUAAACAUUAAACAUUCGAGUUGUAAUGCACAAUUAAAAUGUGGCAAUUUCAAUCCACUAAAAAAAACAUCGGUAUGGCUCGUAGCUCGAAUAUAUAUAAAAAAAA